CAAGAAGAGUCAAACAUGAAAAGGAAGAAGCGGUUUGGUUUCCCACCGCCACCCCUCUCUUCGAGCGGGCGUGGCGGAUGGCAGGUCCCAAGGCCGCAGCUUCCGCCGGCGCCGGAGGCUGGGCUCGCCUCUGCCCUGGGUCGUGGGGUCCUUUUUGGCACCAAGGCCGCAGGUGGGUCACGGGUCCAGGAGCGCCGAGGUGCCCCGUUGUGUAGGCAGGGAAGGUCCACCUCUAGGAAAGCCCUCGGCGGCGCAUUCAUGAUGAACGUAAUUCAGAUUGUUCGUGACCACUGGGUACAUAUACUUGUGCCUGUGGGAUUUGUCCUUGGAUGUUAUCUAGACAAAAAGAACGAUGAAAAGCUAACUGCCUUCCGGAACAAGAGUUUGUUGUUUAAAAGGGAAUUGAGACCCAAUGAAGAAGUCACCUGGAAGUAAAGGCUGUGACUGAAAUACAGAAUGUUCACAUUUUAAAAAUUGGGAGAGAAAUAAAAACACAUUCAUUAUUUAA